AGUGGGCGCGCGGGGCAGGCUGCGGCUCUUUAAAACAGCGUGUAAACUGAGAUGUUGCUCCAGAGCGCAGCGCGCCGGCGGCAGCUCGGGCUCCCGCUCCGGUUCCAGCAGCUCGCGCUCCAGGCCAGGCUCUGGCUGCAAGAGCAGCAGCAGCUCCCCGCGCCAGGGCGGGCAGCUUCCUUGCAGCAUCAGCAGCUGGGGCUGCGGCAGCUUCUUUCCCAGUCUCCGGCUGAGCCGGGAGGGGGGGUGUGAAAACAGCGCCCUACAGGACAGCGGUGCAGAGCCCAGCGGCUACCAGCGCCCGCUGGCACCAUGGACACCUCCUGCCCGGCCAGCGCGCUGCUCCUGCUCUGCUUCCUCGGGCUGCCUGGGGCUAGCAGCGGGGGCUUGGCGAGCCCCGCCGGGAGGCGGCAGAGGGGCUGCCCGGCUCUGUGCCAGUGUGAACAGGAAGGGAUGCUGCUCAGGGCGGACUGCUCCGACCGGGGGCUCACAGCGGUGCCCACCAACCUCAGCCUCUUCACCUCCUACCUUGAUCUCAGUAUGAACAACAUCACUAAGCUGCCCUCGAACCCCCUGCACAAUCUCCGCUUCCUGGAAGAGCUACGUCUUGCAGGAAAUGGCUUGACAUACAUUCCCAGGGGAGCAUUUGCUGGCCUUUUCAGUCUUAAAGUGCUAAUGCUGCAGAACAAUCAGUUAAAGCAGGUUCCCACUGAAGCACUCCAGAACUUGCGCAGUCUUCAGUCUCUACGCCUCGAUGCCAACCACAUCAACUACGUGCCACCCAACUGUUUCAGUGGCUUGGUCUCUCUUAGACACUUGUGGCUGGAUGACAACUCUUUGACAGAAAUUCCUGUGCAAGCUUUUAGGAGUUUAUCAGCACUUCAGGCAAUGACACUGGCAUUGAACAAAAUACAUCACAUACCAGACUAUGCUUUUGGAAACCUCUCCAGUUUGGUAGUUCUACAUCUCCAUAACAAUAGAAUCUACUCCCUGGGAAAGAAAUGCUUUGAUGGGCUCCACAGCCUAGAGACUUUAGAUUUAAAUUACAACAGUCUGGAUGAAUUCCCCACUGCUAUCAGGACACUCACAAACUUAAAAGAACUGGGAUUUCAUAGUAAUAACAUCAAAUCAAUACCUGAGCAUGCAUUUGUGGGCAAUCCAUCACUUAUAACCAUUCAUUUCUAUGACAACCCUAUCCAGCUUGUGGGACAGUCUGCUUUUCAACAUCUACCAGAACUCAGAACCCUGACUUUAAAUAGUGCUUCACAAAUAACUGAGUUUCCUGAUCUGACUGGAACUACAAGUCUGGAAAGUUUGACACUUACAGGAGCACAGGUCACCUCUCUUCCCAAAGUAGCUUGUGAUCAGCUACCUAAUCUUCAAGUGCUGGAUCUGUCUUACAAUCUGCUACAAGAUUUACCCUGUUUUACUGCUUGCAAAAAACUUCAGAAAAUUGACUUACAUCAUAAUGAAAUCUAUGAAAUCAAGGCCGACACAUUUCAGCAGCUGGUUGCCCUGCGCUCUUUGGAUUUAGCUUGGAACAAAAUUGCAGUUAUUCACCCCAACGCAUUCUCCUCUUUACCAUCCCUGAUCAAACUGGAUCUGUCAUCCAACCUUUUGUCCUCUUUUCCUGUGACUGGGCUACAUGGUUUAACUCAUUUAAAAUUAACAGGAAAUCAUGACCUACAAAGUUUGAUAUCAUCUGAAAAUUUUCCAGAACUCAAGGUCAUAGAAAUGCCUUAUGCUUACCAGUGCUGUGCAUUUGGAACUUGUGAAAGCCACUACAAAAUCUCCAACCAGUGGAACAAAGAUGAGAACAGCAGUGCUGAUGAUUUUCAUAAGAAAGAUUCUGGAAUGUUACACAUUCAAGAUGAACGUGACUUUGAGGAUUUUCUGCUUGACUUUGAAGAAGAUUUGAAAGCUCAUCAUUCGGUGCAAUGCACACCCUCUCCAGGUCCCUUCAAACCAUGUGACCAUCUGUUUGGUAGUUGGCUAAUCAGAAUUGGAGUGUGGACCAUAGUGGGUUUGACAUUUAUUUGCAAUGCACUGUUAACUACAACAGUCUUCAGAUCUCCAUUGUAUAUUUCCUCUAUAAAACUUUUAAUUGGACUGAUAGCCAUUGUAAACAUGCUAAUGGGUCUGUCCAGUGGUGUAUUGGCCAGCAUGGAUGCAUUGACCUUUGGCAACUUUGCGCAAUAUGGUGCUUGGUGGGAAAGCGGAGUUGGUUGCCAAGUCACUGGCCUUCUGUCCAUUUUUGCUUCAGAGACUUCCAUUUUCCUCCUUACCCUGGCAGCACUCGAACGUGGGUUCUCUGUAAAGUAUGCUACAAAGUUUGAAACAAAAUCCUCUCUUGCUAGUGUGAAAAUAGCCAUUUUCUUUUGCUUUAUGUUGGCCUUGAUAAUUGCAGUGGUACCACUUCUCAGUGAGAGCAAAUAUGGGGUGUCUCCGCUCUGUUUACCUUUGCCAUUUGGGGAACCCAGCUCUAUGGGCUUCAUGGUAGCAUUGGUCUUAUUAAACUCUCUUUGCUUUCUGGUUAUGACUGUUGCCUAUACAAAACUGUACUGUAGUUUGGAGAAGGGAGAACUAGACAAUAUUUGGGACUGUUCUAUGAUCAAACACAUAGCAUUGUUACUUUUUACUAAUUGCAUUCUCUAUUGUCCUGUGGCCUUCUUAUCUUUUUCCUCCUUACUAAACCUCACUUUUAUUAGCCCAGAAGUGAUUAAAUCAAUACUCCUAGUGAUUGUCCCACUGCCCGCAUGUCUAAACCCACUUCUUUAUAUCCUUUUCAAUCCAUAUUUUAAGGAAGAUCUGGGAAAUCUCAGAAAGCAAACUUUGUUAUGGAGCAGAUCAAAACAUACAAGUCUGAUCUCUGUUAAUUCAGACGAUGUAGAGAAACAGUCCUGUGACUCAACACAAGCCCUGGUAACCUUUGCAAGUGCCAGCAUAUCGUAUGAUGUGCCUACCAGCAACUCACUAAUGCCCUCAUCUUAUCAAAUGACAGAAAGCUGUAAUCUUUCAUCAGUAGCAUUUGUUCCAUGUCACUAGUUUCAGGGGCAAAAACAAAUGUAUGUAUGUUUACACAUUUUUCAAGCCGAAAUGUAAGAGUGGGUGUGUGUACACUUGCUGGAGAGUGGGGUCAAAGGUGCUCUUGAUUACUGUUACACACAUCUAAACAAACCAGCUAAUAACAAAGAAAACAAGCAGCAGGCUGAAAUCCCAACACAUGAAUCCUGUCAGCCUUUUAGGAAAUCUCAAAACCAACCUUGUUUGGGAUGAAGAGGAAGCCUGAAAGCUGCAGGCAUGUAUACAGUUGGUUCGGUUGUUCUCUUAGAGAGAUGCCAGUCAGAAAAGGCAUCUGACAGUCAAGAGCAAAAAUAGUAUAUUGAAGAGGUGAAUUUUCUUGGAGGCAUUGCCAUUGUUUUAAUUAACUGAGCUUGUUGAGGUACAUAAUUUAAAAUGUUAGGAACAGGGUUGCUCCCCAGAUGGGGUUGGUCAAGUUCCCUCCGUGCUUUUUUAAUGCUAUGAUUAUUUUUUAAAACUGCCUGUCUAUGGGCUUUGAUCCAGCAAGGUAUUUAAGCAUGUGCCUGACUUAAAGCACAUGAGCAAUCCCAUUGAAGUCCAACAAAGUUUAUGGAAAAUAGAUCUUGUAAAAGUAAUUUGAUACUAUUUUUGAUGAGUUUGCAAGUUGGUUGAUAAAGAUAAUAGUGUUGAUGUAAUAUACUUACUCUUGGAAGGCAUUUGACUUGGUACUACAAAACAUUUUGAUUGUGAAACUAGAACCAUAAAAAAUAUCUGUGGCCAAAAGGGCUAAUGCAAUCCUUGGAUAUAUAAAUAAGGGAGGAUCAAGUAGGAGUAGAGAGGUUAUCUUACCUCUGUAUUUGGCACUGAUGUGACCAAUACUGGAAUACUGUGUCCAGUUCAAAAAGGAUGUUGAAAAUUUACCAAGGGUUGUGGUGGAUUCUCCAGCAAUGGAAAUUGUUAAAUCAUAAUUGGAUGAUUUGCUACAAGAGAUGGUUGAAUUCAAUUACAAUUAUUGGACUUGAAGCAGGAAUUAAUUCAGGAGGUUUUGUGGCCUGUACUACAGAGGAGGUCAGACUAGAUGACCACAAUGGUCCCUUCUGGUCUUAAAUUCUGUGAAUGUAUGAAUCCCUUGCUGAAUCAAGGCCUAUGAAGUUGUGUAUCUCAGAACCAUCACAAUUAGAGAGGAAAGCCCCCUGAUAUUUGCCCUCUCUGCUUUAAAGAGUCCCAGGCAAUGGGCCCAUUGUUUCCGUCUGAUACUAGCACUUACCUUGACUAAACUAUAUUUGGGAGUUCUUUCAAUCUCAUUUUCUCAUAGAUGUCACCUUUCCUUUCAUGAGCAGAUCAAAUAAGACAUUGCUAUGCAUGGAUCCAGAUUUUGUUGGGUUUUUUUCUAAUGUUCCCUGAGCAACAAUGUUUAAUGGUCCAGUACCUGCUUCUUAGUUUAAAGGCCACUCUGCUCUCCAGGUGGAUAAAACUGCAUUUGGACAACAUUACCUAACUUAGAUGAGCCCAAAUAAUUAAGAUGAUCAAUUACAGAUGGUCUCUGAUUUUCAUGUUACAUAUGUACCUUCCUGGCACCCAAAGGAUGGAUUUUCAUGAUGAAAAUCUGUUGCAAGCUGUGGACUUACCUAGAAAUGCCAGUGUGAAUGGAGAAAAAAUAUUUUUUAGUUUUGAAGUUACAGAUGGCAUCAGUUGAUUUUGGCUGACGUGCAUUCUGGAAAAAAAUGAACAAAUGCAGAAAUUAUGUCUGGUAAAGCUGGCUGCUUGGUUAUCUUAAUCCUCUAUCUCUUGUGGCUUUUGAAGCAGCACAGUAUACAGCUGCAGAAUGAUUCCUGAAAUCACUGUGGAUUAAACCGAGUAUCAGUCAACCACUGCACAAUACUUAUUAUCAUGUUUAUUUAGCUUUAUUUUAACUGGGGUCCGUCUGUGCUGCACUGUUUAAUGUCAGUAAAAUUUCUCCUUCGCUUGCUAUAUUUAAAAAGUUUGUAAAAUGGUGUGAGAAGCAAAAUAAUGUUAUAAUUCUAAAGAAUAGUUAAAGAAAGUUACUUUUAUCAGAACUUUCAUAGCUUGCAGAAAGUCCAAAACAAAAGGCUACUAUGGGUCUUUUAUUUAUAUAAGCGAUUUUUGAAAUAUUUUGAUCAGAUAUUUUAACUUGAAAUUGUUAAAAUUCAUUUGCUUUUUUAAAAAAUGUGUAAAUAUAGAACUGUAUUUAUUGCUACAAUAAAAUACAACCACACUAAAGGGCAUGAGAAUAAGCCAUGUACAGUUUCAUACUGAUAUUUUCUAUAUUUUCUAUUGUCUGCUCAUAUAUUUUACUAAAUUCACCAUCUGUAUAUAUUAUCUGUAAAUGUGUAGCGAUUGUAAAUAGAUUAUGUACUUUCUUUUCUAUCAGUUGUUCCAAAUAUAUGUAAUUUGUAAUAAAAUUUGUGACUAAACAGAAAAA